GGCGGGGCUUGGGAGCUGCGUGGCCAGCGGCGGGUCACGUGAUGCGACGCCGGCGCCGGGCCUCCCAAGAUGGCUGUGUGCAUCGCGGUGAUCGCCAAGGAGAAUUACCCCCUCUACAUUCGCAGCACCCCCACGGAGAACGAGCUGAAGUUCCACUACAUGGUGCACACAUCUCUGGACGUGGUGGAUGAGAAGAUCUCCGCAAUGGGGAAGGCCCUGGUCGACCAGAGGGAGCUGUACCUGGGCCUGCUCUACCCCACGGAGGACUACAAGGUAUACGGCUACGUCACCAACUCCAAGGUGAAGUUUGUCAUGGUGGUGGAUUCCUCCAACACAGCCCUUCGAGACAACGAAAUUCGCAGCAUGUUCCGGAAGCUACACAACUCCUACACGGACGUGAUGUGCAACCCCUUCUACAACCCGGGGGACCGCAUCCAGUCCAGCAGGGCCUUUGAUAACAUGGUGACGUCCAUGAUGAUACAGGUGUGCUGAACGAGCUGUGCCGCCGGCCAUCGCAGAGGAUCCCACGCGUGACCGUGGUGGCCAUUGGUCUGUUCUCGUCGCCUCUUCCUGAUUGGGAUGCCUGGGGCUUUCAGGGCAGGCAGCUGUGCAUGUUGUCUCAACUAAAGGUCUUGUGAGAUGA